GGCUCAGGACCACCCUGGAAUCCUUCACCCAGGAGCUUCUGCGACUUCUCCCGUCCCCACCCCUGCCCCGGGGCCGGGCUGGCUGGGCCAUGGUGCUAGAAGGGCCUCCCACGCCAGCCAUGCCCGUGCCAGCGGAGGGCACCCCGCCACCCCUCAGUGGUACCCCGGCCCCAGUUCCUGCCUACUUCCGCCAUGCAGAACCUGGCUUCUCCCUCAAGAGGCCCCGUCGGCUCAGUCGGAGCCUCCCACCCCGGCCCCCAGCCAAGGGCAGCCUCCCCAUCAGCCGCCUCUUCCCCUCGAGGACACCGGGCUGGCAUCAGCCCCGGCCCUGUGGUGUGUCCUUUCGGGGCAAGGCCUCCGAGACCCUGAAGAGCCCCCGCUAUGACGCGAGCCGGCCCGAGUCCUUCUUCCAGCAGUGCUUCCAGCAGCUGGGCCACCUGGGCCGAGGCUCCUUCGGGGAGGUCUUCAAGGUACGCUCCAAGGAGGAUGGCCGGCUGUACGCCAUCAAGCGCUCCAUGUCGCCAUUCCGAGGCCCCAAGGACCGUGCCCGAAAGCUGGCCGAGGUGGGCGGCCACGAGAAGGUGGGGCGGCACCCACGCUGUGUGCAUCUGGAGCGCGCCUGGGAGGAGGGCGGCCUGCUGUACCUGCAGACGGAGCUGUGUGGGCCCAGCCUGCAGCAACACUGUGAGGCCCGAGGCGCACGUCUGCCCGAGGCCCAGGUCUGGGCCUACCUGCGCGAUACUCUGCUGGCCCUGGCCCACCUGCACGGCCAAGGCCUGGCCCACCUAGACAUCAAGCCAGCCAACAUCUUCCUGGGGCCCCGGGGCCACUGCAAGCUAGGGGACUUUGGGCUGCUGGUGGAGCUGGGCGAGGCCGGUGGUGACGCCCAGGAGGGGGACCCCCGCUACAUGGCCCCUGAGCUGCUACAGGGCUGCUAUGGAACAGCGGCCGACAUAUUCAGCCUGGGGCUCACCAUCCUGGAAGUGGCCUGCCACAUGGAGCUGCCUCGCGGCGGGGAGGGCUGGCAGCAGCUGCGCCGGGGCUGCCUGCCCCUCGAGUUCACUGCAGGCCUGUCCUCCGAGCUGCUUGCUGUCCUUACCAUCAUGUUGGAGCCAGACCCCAGUCUGAGGACCACAGCUGAAGCGCUGCUGGCCCUGCCCAUGCUCAGGGAGCCCAGGCCCUGGAGUGCCCUGUGGUGUGUGGCGACUGAGACCCUGAGCCAAGGGUGGGCACUGUGGCAGGCCCUGCUCACCCUGCUGUGCUGGCUCUGCCACGGGCUGACCCACCCCACCAGAUGGCUGCAACCCCCAGGCCCACCGGCCACGCCACCCGGCUCGCCGUCCUGUAGCUUCCCCCUGGACAGCACCCUCUGCAGCACCUGGGGGGACGACAGCUUUGGGGCCUUGCUCUCGACAGACACCAACCUGGCCAGGACUGCUGGGAGCACCUCCACCCCUAGCAGUAGUCCUCCUGCCCCCCAGAACAGGGACUCCCUGGACCUCAGUGACAUUGACCCAACUGCUCCUCGUGGAUCCUUCCCUGCCUUUGAGCCCCGGAACCUCCUUAGCCUGUUUGAGGACUCCCUGGACCCCACCUGAGCCCUGGGGCCCAGGCUCAGCUUUUAACCUUUUACCCUGCCCCUCCCCAAAGCACCCUUCUAUCUGGGUGCCUAAUAAAAGGGAUUUGAGUCUU